AUGGGGUGGAAAUGGACUGAAGGGGAUGAAUGCAAAAUCAGCCCCGCGAGCAACCUGAGACCGGACUGCGCGCGCAGCGCCCGCACGGCUCGCACGGAGGAGGAGCUCCGGACCCUGUUCGCCAGUGGCCUCCCUGUGGACAUUCAACCCAAAGAGCUCUACCUGCUCUUCAGGCCGUUCAAGGGGUAUGAAGUGUCCAUCAAGCUCACAUCGAGGCAGCCUGCUGGUUUUGCGAUCUUUGACAACCGGGCAGGAGCAGAAGCCGCCCAGAAGGCAUUGAACGGUAUUCGCUUUGAUCCUGAGAACCCGCAGACCCUGAGGCUAGAGUGUGCCAAAGCCAACACCAAGACGGCCAAGAACAAGCUGACAGCUACGCCAAAUCCCACCAACGCUCACCCCUCCCUAGGAGCACACUCAGAGCUGAUGGGGGCCCCUCUGAGCCCCGCAUACCCAGAGUCCUGGGCCCCCUACCCUCUGUACACCACAGAGCUGACCCCAGCCACCUCACCUGCUGCGCUCACCUACCCCGCUGCCACUACCGCUGCCGCCGCUGCCCUACAUGCUCAGAGGAUGCAGGUGCGCUGGUACCCUUCCUCUGAUACCACCCAGCGAGGUUGGAAGUCUUGUCGCCACGGCUCGAGGCCCCCGCCCCACUGGGGAGGAAGCCGCCCUGAGCUUCCACUGCCCCAAGCAACAGGUCCUGACCACGAAUGGUUCAUCAUUCCCAGCCCCACUGUCCACACCCCUCCCUGCACCCACCCUGCUUCAGUGAGGACCAAGCCCUGCAGCCAGUUCCGCCCAACAGGAAGGACCACCCAGCCAAGACAGAGCGUUUUCCUGGUCAUUUCAAAUCGGGGUCCUCUGCUUCCUCCUCCUCAGAUGGGCCAACAGCCUCCUGGGGAGAGGGCAUUUCCAGCAGAAGGAACAGCAUCAGCAAAGACGCAGGAUGUGAGGCAGAGGUCAGAGAGAGACCAGGGAGCCAGACAAGUGAUGGGUGAUGAAGCUGGAAAACUGGAUUAG